AGAAAUAAGUAUCUUCCUUCAAUACAUGAAGAUGAAAAUACAGAAGAAGGAGAAGCAGUUGUCAAAUUUAAAAGUUUUCAAUCACUCCCCAAUGUCUGAUGCCUCUGUCAAUUUUGACGACAAAUCCCCAUCACCGUUUGACUGCAGCACUGACCAGGAAGAGAAAAUUGAAGAUCUUGCCAGUCACUGUCUGUCCCAGAAAGACCUGUACACUGCUGAAGAGGAUACCCUUUUUUCUAGGAAAAUGACAUCCCAUAAUGGGAUGGAAGACAAUGGGGGUAGAGGUACUGGGGUAAAGAAGAAACGGAAGAAAAAGGAGCCAGGAGAACAAGAGGGUACAGCAAAGGGCAGCAAGGACAGGGAGCCCAAGCCAAAGAGGAAACGAGAGCCCAAAGAGCCAAAGGAACCCAGGAAGACCAAGGAACCGAAGAAGGCCAAGGAGCCCAAGGAGCUGAAGCAGAAAGAUGGAACUAAGAAGUCCCGGAAGCCUCGGGAGGCCUCAGGUACCAAGGAGGCCAAAGAGAAGAGGAGCUGCUCGGACUCUUCAACCGGGACGAAGUCUAAGAAGGCCAGCAGGGAGCAAGGACCAACCCCAGUGGAGAGAAAGAAGAAAGGAAAAAGGAAAAGUGAGACCACACUGGAGAGUUUAGAGCUGGACCAGGGCCUGCGGAACUCAUCCCUGCGGAGUACUGAGGAGUCCACUGAGUCUGCAGACAGCCAGAAGCGACGCUCAGGACGGCAAGUGAAGCGCAGAAAAUACAACGAGGACCUAGACUUCAAAGUGGUGGAUGAUGAUGGGGAAACAAUCGCGGUUCUUGGAGCUGGCCGAACAUCUGCACUCUCGGCUUCUACACUGGCAUGGCAGGCUGAGGAGCCUCCAGAAGAUGAUGCAAACAUCAUUGAGAAGAUCCUGGCAUCCAAGACCGUCCAGGAGGUUCACCCUGGAGAGCCUCCUUUCGACCUAGAGCUAUUCUACGUUAAGUAUAGAAAUUUUUCCUACUUACAUUGUAAAUGGGCCACAAUGGAAGAGCUGGAAAAGGAUCCUCGCAUCGCACAGAAGAUCAAGCGCUUUAGGAAUAAGCAAGCCCAGAUGAAGCACAUUUUUACAGAGCCUGAUGAAGACUUGUUCAAUCCAGAUUAUGUGGAAGUGGAUCGUAUCCUGGAGGUGGCACAUACCAAGGAUGCAGAAACAGGGGAGGAAGUGACACAUUACCUGGUGAAGUGGUGUUCCCUGCCAUAUGAAGAGAGCACAUGGGAGUUAGAGGAAGAUGUGGAUCCUGCAAAAGUUAAAGAAUUUGAAUCUCUUCAAGUUCUUCCUGAAAUUAAGCAUGUGGAGCGGCCUGCUUCAGACUCCUGGCAGAAGCUCGAGAAGUCUCGGGAAUAUAAGAACAGUAACCAGCUCCGGGAAUACCAACUGGAGGGAAUGAACUGGCUUCUUUUUAAUUGGUAUAACAGAAAAAACUGUAUUUUGGCUGAUGAGAUGGGCCUAGGGAAAACCAUCCAGUCCAUCACGUUCCUUUCAGAAAUAUUCCUCAGGGGAAUCCAUGGCCCUUUCCUCAUCAUUGCCCCUCUCUCAACCAUCACUAACUGGGAGCGAGAAUUCCGGACAUGGACUGAGAUGAAUGCCAUUGUGUACCACGGCAGUCAGAUCAGCAGGCAGAUGAUCCAGCAGUAUGAAAUGGUGUACAGAGAUGCACAGGGAAAUCCCCUUUCAGGAGUCUUCAAGUUCCAUGUCGUCAUUACAACGUUUGAGAUGAUCCUGGCAGAUUGCCCAGAACUGAAGAAGAUUCACUGGAGCUGUGUGAUAAUUGAUGAGGCUCACAGGUUGAAGAAUAGGAACUGCAAACUUCUAGAGGGCCUGAAGCUCAUGGCGCUGGAACAUAAAGUGCUGCUCACUGGAACACCCUUGCAGAACUCGGUGGAAGAACUCUUUAGUUUGCUGAAUUUUCUGGAGCCAUCACAGUUUCCUUCAGAGACUGCUUUCUUGGAGGAGUUUGGAGAUCUGAAAACAGAAGAACAGGUAAAGAAACUGCAGUCUAUCCUAAAACCAAUGAUGCUUCGGCGCCUGAAAGAUGAUGUGGAAAAGAACCUGGCUCCCAAACAAGAGACAAUCAUUGAAGUAGAACUGACCAAUAUUCAGAAAAAGUACUACCGUGCCAUCCUGGAGAAAAACUUUUCCUUCCUGACAAAGGGAGCAAAUCAGCAUAACAUGCCCAACCUCAUCAAUACCAUGAUGGAGCUGAGAAAGUGCUGCAACCAUCCUUACCUGAUCAAUGGGGCAGAGGAAAAAAUUCUAGAAGAUUUCCGAAAAACCCACAGCCCUGAUGCCUCUGACUUUCAGCUGCAGGCCAUGAUCCAGGCAGCAGGGAAGCUGGUGCUGAUAGAUAAACUGCUCCCUAAGCUGAUCGCAGGUGGCCACAAAGUGCUCAUCUUCUCCCAAAUGGUGCGCUGCCUUGACAUCUUGGAAGAUUAUCUCAUCCAGAGGAGAUACACCUAUGAGCGAAUUGAUGGGCGAGUACGGGGAAACCUGCGCCAGGCAGCCAUCGACCGGUUCUGUAAGCCAGACUCAGACCGCUUUGUCUUUCUUCUGUGUACCAGAGCGGGAGGCCUGGGGAUUAAUCUCACGGCUGCUGAUACCUGCAUCAUAUUUGAUUCUGACUGGAACCCACAAAAUGACUUGCAGGCCCAGGCUCGAUGUCACCGCAUCGGCCAGAGCAAGGCCGUGAAGGUGUAUCGCCUCAUCACCCGGAACUCCUACGAGCGGGAAAUGUUUGACAAGGCCAGCCUGAAGCUGGGCCUGGACAAGGCCGUUCUUCAGGACAUCAACCGAAAGGGCAGCACCAAUGGAGUACAGCAGCUCUCAAAAAUGGAGGUGGAAGACUUACUCCGGAAAGGUGCUUAUGGAGCCUUGAUGGAUGAGGAGGAUGAAGGUUCAAAGUUCUGUGAAGAAGACAUAGAUCAGAUCCUGCAGAGAAGAACACACACCAUCACCAUCCAGUCUGAGGGGAAAGGGUCCACUUUUGCCAAGGCCAGUUUUGUGGCUUCAGGAAACAGAACUGAUAUUUCCUUAGAUGAUCCUAACUUUUGGCAGAAAUGGGCUAAAAUAGCUGAAUUAGACACUGAAGCAAAGAAUGAGAAGGAAAGCUUAGUGAUCGACCGACCUCGCGUGAGAAAACAGACCAAACACUACAACUCAUUUGAAGAGGAUGAGCUCAUGGAAUUUUCAGAGCUGGACAGUGACUCAGAUGAAAGGCCCACGAGAUCUAGGCGCCUCAAUGACAAAGCCAGGCGCUACCUCCGAGCCGAGUGCUUCCGGGUGGAGAAAAACCUGCUCAUCUUUGGCUGGGGCAGGUGGAAGGACAUCCUGACUCAUGGGCGAUUCAAGUGGCAUCUGAAUGAGAAGGACAUGGAGAUGAUUUGCCGGGCCCUGCUGGUGUACUGUGUCAAGCAUUAUAAGGGGGAUGAGAAAAUCAAGAGUUUCAUUUGGGAGCUGAUCACCCCUUCCAAAGAUGGGCAGGCCCAGACCCUCCAGAACCACUCAGGGUUGUCUGCUCCGGUUCCCAGAGGGAGGAAAGGGAAGAAGACAAAGAACCAACUACUGCUCCCAGAAUUAAAGAAUGCAGACUGGCUAGCCACCUGUAACCCUGAGGUGGUCUUACAUGAUGAUGGCUACAAGAAACAUCUCAAACAGCACUGCAACAAAGUCCUCUUGAGAGUCCGGAUGCUGUACUACCUAAAAGCUGAAAUACUGGGAGAAGCAGCUGAUAAAGCAUUUGAGGGAACUCCUGCCAGGGAGCUGGAUGUACCUCUGCCUGACAUAGACUAUGUGGAGAUCCCAGUGGAUUGGUGGGAUGCUGAGGCUGAUAAGUCCCUUCUCAUUGGUGUGUUCAAGCAUGGUUAUGAGAGGUAUAAUGCCAUGCGAGCAGACCCAGCACUCUGCUUCCUGGAUAAAGUUGGGAUGCCAGAUGAGAAGUCUCUUUCUGCAGAGCAAGGCGUCACAGAUGGAACCUCAGAUAUUCCUGAAAGAGGCAGCCCUGAUAAAGAAGACAAUGCUGAGGACAAAUUAGAUAGCCUCCAGAAGCAAACGGAGAGUCCUGGUGAUGGAGGUGGUGAUGGCAUUUUUGGUGAAAAAAAGGAUGACAGCCGGGCAGCCCAGGAUGGCUCUGACCCAGACAAAUCACCGUGGCCGGUCUCAUCUGCUCUUACGGCUCGUCUCCGGCGCCUGGUCACUAUUUACCAGCGUUGCAACCGCAAGGAACUCUGCAGACCUGAAAUCCUGGGACCAGGUAACCAAGGAUACUGGGUUCAAGAGGAGAUGUUUAGGAGAACAUCAGAAAUGGAUCUCAUCAGCAAAGAAGCCCAGAAGAGGUGGACCAGGAGAGAACAAGCAGACUUCUAUAGAACAGUGUCUUCCUUUGGAGUCAUUUAUGAUCAAGAAAAGAAAAUCUUCGACUGGACACAGUUCCGCAUCAUUUCCCGUUUAGACAAGAAGUCAGAUGAGAGCCUAGAACAUUAUUUUUAUAGUUUUGUGGCCAUGUGCCGGAAUGUGUGUCGUCUGCCCGCAUGGAAAGAGGAUGGCACUCCUGAUGCUACCAUCUAUGUUGAACCCAUCACUGAGGAGCGGGCUGCAAAAACUCUGUACCGCAUUGAGCUGUUACGGAAGGUCCGAGAGCAGGUGCUCAGGUGUCCUCAGCUGCACGAGCGUCUGCAGCUCUGCAGGCCCAGUCUCUACCUCCCAGUCUGGUGGGAGUGUGGAAAGCAUGACCGAGACCUGCUCAUUGGCACUGCCAAACACGGGCUCAACCGCACCGACUAUUACAUCAUGAAUGACCCCCAGCUGUCCUUCCUGGAUGCUUACAGAAACUAUGCCCAGCAUAAAAGGACUGACACCCAGGCACCAGGGAGUCUCUGUUGCCUUUACCAGAACAACUCCAAAUUAUAUGAAUCUCUUACCUAUACUCAAAUGAGUAGGACUUCAGAAUCCCUUGAAAGUGAACCUGAGAAUGCGGUGAAAAUAGAAAGCAGAGAUGAUCAUCUUGGUCUUCCCGGAGGCAGCUUACCCCGGGUGACCUGUGAAAGCUUCCUUCCUAAUGCUCAAGACGUCAUUUCUAUCAACCAUGAUGAAAGUCUGCUGCCCGAGUCCUUGGAAAAAAUGAUGUUUGGUAAGAAAGGACUCAACAGAGAUCCAGGCUCUUUCCAGGAGAGCCCAAGUACCAACACAGAAUCUAGGAAAGAUGCCAUUACCAUCUCUGCCAGCAGAGAUGGGAGCUGCCAGCGUGGUGGCCAUAAGGCAGAAAUAGAUUCAGCCUCCUCGCUCAUGGAAAGCUUGGAAGCAGGAGUGGCUCAAAUGAACAUUAAAAAUGGAAAGCAUCUGUUGAUAUCUCUUUCAAAAGAUGGGGAGCCAUGCUACAGUGAGGCAGGCCAGAGACCUGAAAGCGUGGGGCAGCUCGAGGACAAAUGCUUAGCUUCCCCUGCCGUGGAUGCAGAAAGCGAAAGCGGGUUUGUAGAGCUGUGCAGUCUUAGUGUCUGUGACUCCAAAAGAAACCUGUCGUCCGACCAGCAAUUAAUUGAUUUACUAGAAAGCAAACGUUUAGAAAGUAAGCUGAUUCUGAGUCAGAACCAGAGUGAUGAGGAAGAGGACGAGGAAGAAAAUGAGGAGGAAACCUUAGCAGUGGUAACUCGCACCAGAGAAAGGCCAGAUGUGUUGCACCUCACCGAGCCCACCCCUGUCAUCCCAAGGGGAAAGAACCGAGCCUUCCAUCUAGAUGAAGGCAAGAAAGGAAGCCUAGAGGUAGUGAGCCAGACUCCUGGACCACAGAGGACCUUCCCUCCUAUAGCCUGUCAGUGCCACUGCAAACACAUGGAGAGGUGGGCACGGGGCCUUGGGAGUGAGGAAUUCGAAGUGGAGAAACCCAAAGCUUAUAACCCAGACUUGUUCAGGAGCAGAGCCAACAGUACCACAGUGGAACGCGAGCCCACUGCUGUUCCAUCAGAGCCAUUUAAAGUGAAGCUCUUAAAAGACCCGUGGAAAGAAAGUACAGAGGGAAAGAAAGGUUUCCCCACAUAUGCUUCCGAAGGAAGUGAACCCAAGUCAGAAGACAUGGAUUUUGAAAAUAAAGAUGAUUAUGAUAGAGAUGGGACCUGCCCUAAUCAAGACUAUCCAGGGAAGUACUCGGAAGAGGAAAGCAAGAGUUCAGCCUCCGGCAUUGCAGACCUUGGGGAUGACACACAGGAAGCUCGGGUCCCCACCAUCGCCCAGCUGCUCCAGGAGAAAACACUCUAUUCCUUCUCAGAGUGGCCAAAAGACCGGGUGAUAAUUAACCGCCUAGAUAAUAUCUGCCACGUGGUGUUGAAGGGGAAGUGGCCCCCCAGUCAGCAGUAUGAGCCUUCAGGCACACCUCCCACCCCCAUCUUAGCCAGCCAUGCUGGUUCUGGAAACAGCUUCUCAGAGCCAGAAACGGCAGAGCACAGCUUCAGCAACGGGGCAGUAUUGGCGGCUCAACUCCAGCAGGAGAGCUUUGUAGCUCCGGUAUUCACAAAAGAUGAACAGAAGCACAGACGACCCUAUGAGUUUGAGGUGGAAAGGGAUUCCAAGGCUCGGAGCCUAGAACAGUUCUCUGUCACCCACGGGCACCCUCCCAUCGUCCUCAAUGGCUGGCAUGGGGAAUCAGCCAUAGACCUCUCCUGCUCAUCAGAGGGGUCCCCGGGAGCCACAUCCCCUUUCCCAGUGAGUGCCAGCACCCCCAAGAUUGGAGCUAUCAGUUCACUUCAAGGAACCCUCGGCAUGGACUUGUCUGGGAUUCUACAAGCUGGCCUGAUCCAUCCAGUGACCGGACAGAUUGUCAAUGGGAGCCUAAGGAGAGAUGAUGCAGCCACAAGGAGGCGGAGAGGGAGGCGGAAACCUGUUGAAGGAGGGAUGGACCUCAUCUUUCUGAAGGAGCAAACACUUCAGGCAGGAAUCUUGGAAGUCCAUGAAGACCCAGGACAGGCCACCCUGAGCACCACACACCCUGAAGGGCCGGGACCCGCUACCUCAGCCCCUGAGCCUCCAGGAACAGCCAGCAGCCAGGCUGAGAAAGCCAUUCCCAGCAAGAGCUUGCUUGACUGGCUGCGGCAGCAGGCUGACUACUCUUUGGACGUUCCUGGAUUUGGAGCAAGUUUUUCAGAUAAACCAAAGCAGAGGAGACCACGCUGUAAAGAACCUGGAAAAUUAGAUGUCAGCUCUCUGAGCGGAGAAGAGAGGGUUCCUGCUGUCCCCAAGGAGCCAGGACUGAGGGGAUUCCUCCCAGAAAACAAGUUCAACCACACCUUGGCCGAGCCUGUUCUUCGAGAUGCAGGCUCACGCAGGAGAGGCCGACGGCCGCGGACUGAUCUCCUGAAAGCGCCCACCAUCGUGGCAGACUCUCCCUCCGGAAUGGGGCCGCUGUUCAUGAAUGGGCUAAUUGCGGGAAUGGAUCUGGUAGGGUUGCAGAAUGUGAGAAACAUGCCAGGCAUCCCCCUCACCGGACUGGUGGGCUUCCCAGCUGGCUUCGCCACCAUGCCCACGGGUGAAGAGGUCAAGAGCACCCUGAGCAUGCUGCCCAUGAUGCUCCCGGGUGUGGCCGCUGUGCCCCAGAUGUUUGGCGUUGGGGGACUUCUCAACACACCCAUGGCCACCACCUGCACCUCCACCGCGUCAGCGUCUCUCUCAAGCACAGCCAAAAGUGGCACAGCGGGUACUGAGAAGACGGCGGAGGACAGGCCAAGCGGCCACGACGUGAAAACAGACUCACUAGCCGAAGACAAGCCUGGUCCUAGCCCGUUUUCUGAUCAGUCCGAACCUGCAAUAACUACUAGUAGUCCUGUGGCUUUUAACCCAUUUCUCAUUCCAGGAGUGUCUCCUGGACUCAUCUACCCAUCCAUGUUUCUCUCCCCCGGCAUGGGCAUGGCUCUGCCAGCCAUGCAGCAGGCCAGACACUCGGAAAUCAUAGGUCUGGAGAGCCAGAAGAGGAAGAAGAAGAAGACAAAGGGAGACAGCCCCAACCCCAACCCAGAGCCCGCUCCCGGGUGCGAGCGGGAGCCAGGCAGCGACCAGAACUGCACCGAGGCCAGUGUCCCUUUGCCCCCAGAGAGAGAACACGUGGCUCAGGCUGGGGAAGGGGCGCUCAAAGACUCCGGCACCACCACCAACUAGAACUUUUUCAUUUAAGGAAUUCUUGUGACUUGUAAGUUUCUUAUCCCAUUAAGGUUUGUUACUUCCCUCACUUCACGUUCACAAGAACCUGUGUUUCCAUGAGUAAUAUGGCCUACCUAAUUUCCUGUCUGAGGACUAUGGUAACAGAUGUUCAUAGUUGCAGGGUCUUUCCACUUCAUGAGCUAAGUGUCGUGUGCCUAGUCUAGGAGGCACAGAACUCUCCUUCUGUUCCCCAGUGGUUCAUUCCAGCAGUCGUGGUCGAUGCCAUACUUGUGACACGCCCUCCCCCUUCCCUUCCAAGCUUCCCACUUCACCUGAGGAGGAAAAUGGCAAGAGAAAGCUGUCUAGGGAUCUAUUGUGGAAGGGAUGAAGGACAGAGACAAAGCGGGGCUCUUUUUCUGCGAGCUCGGUCAAAUAGAAAGAAUGUAAUGAGACAACCAAAAAGCACAGAGGAAGGAAGUGCUGGUGCAUUUUUUUUUUAUCAGAAUUAAAAUAGGGCCCUAUUUUAUAAUUACUGAGUAGCAUAGUCAGAAAUAUAUAAACCAACGGUUGAAACACAUAUAUUGAUUUCUUUAUGAAAACAGGAACCUUACUGUUAGUAACUUCCCCCUUCAUUGUUUUUAGACACCUGCAGAAAUACUGGCUGACUAGGCAUUAGUUUGUGUAUCUGGAUCAACCCUCUCCCAGCGAAAAGAUGACUUUAAGUCAGAGAAAGCUUCACACAGCUUGAGUUCCUGCCAGCAGGGGUGGGUGAGGGUUCCUACUCCAGAGAGCGCACGCCAGCUCCCCAACCCAGGACCAGCGCUGCUCUGGCCUCAUUCUCCCAAGAACAUCCUAGCCAUUGACCUGCCUCCCCAAAGCUGUGCUUGCCAGAGCCUGACAGAAGGUAUUCCCUGGGCACUAGGUUCUGUGGUCAGUUACUUAAGGUAUGCGCCACCCUUUACACUACAACUGUGAAAAGUCUUUUUCCUCUCCAUUGUUUCUCGGCUCUACUUAGAUCUAAUGGUUGGCCUGAAUGCCACACUAUACUUAGCUGAGACUCUGUUGGAAGUCUGCAGUAUUCUUUCUCCUUGCUUAGUUCUCUGUGUUGAGGAGCUGAACGGGGAAGAACCUGUCCAACCACACCUGCUUCCCACUUCCUUCCACCUUUCACUCUGGGCAGGUGCACCCGGUGGGCAGUUCUCGCUGGAGACUUGAAACGAGUUUACAGCUCGGCACUCUGGGGGCACAGGGCCCGCAGGGCUGGAAAUAUGGCAGGUGUUUCACUUUGUGUUGUCACGAUUUGCUGUAUUUUUCUCUUUUUUUUUCUUUCUUUUUUUUUUUUUUUUACUGUUUCUGUUACCGUUUUGCUAAUUUAUCAGAAAGGUCCAAAUGUUUGACAUAAGUAUUUCAGUUUGCAUUAUUUAUUUAUGAUGCUUUCGUCAUUGUCUUUUAUACAUUUGGGAUUAUAAAUUAUGUAAAUGUUAAAAUGAGCAUCUCAAAGAAGUCUGUUCAAUCAUGAAAAUAUGAAUCUAAAUGUAUUUUCAAAACUUGGAAUCCCAGUUUUAUGAAUCAAAUAUAUAAGAUAGAAAUUCCAUAAUUGAUCCUAUAAAGAAGAAAGAAUCCAGGAAUUGAAUAAAUCCUAUUGAAUGGUAUCUCUGUAGUGUAGAUGGUCUGUAAGGCUGACAACAGAUUUCUUAGAAAUGCUGCUUUCUAUUUAACUAACAUUGUGUUGUUCAGUUUUGCCUCCAGUGGAAGCAGAAAGGGUUUUUCAGCUGUUAAAUCCUUAAAAAAAAA